AUGGGACGACAAAUUCACUUUGUGGUUGACCCUCAGGGUUGGUGCUGCAUGGGCCUGAUUAUCUUCGUCUGGCUGUACAACACAAUCUUCAUUCCGAAAGUCAUCCUUUUUCCUCACUAUGAAGAGGGACAUAUUUCAGUUGUGGCAAUUUUAUGUUACUACUUCUGCUCAUUGUUUUGUAUAGCUUCAUUACUAAGAGCCUCAGUAGCUGAUCCAGGAAAACUACCUGAAAACCCAAAGAUACCAAUUACAGAACGAGACUAUUGGGAAUUAUGUAACAAGUGCAAUAUGAUGAGACCAAAGCGUUCACACCAUUGUAGUCGUUGUGGACAUUGUGUGAGGAGGAUGGAUCACCACUGUCCAUGGAUUAAUAAUUGUGUUGGUGAAGACAAUCACUGGCUGUUUUUACAGUUGUGUUUCUACACUCAGAUCCUUAGUUCCUAUACGCUGAUACUAGAUUUUUGCCAUUACUACUACUUUUUGCCUCUGAAAAAAGAAAAUGGGGAUGUUUUUGUAUUUAGACAUGAACUUGCACUCUUAAGAAUAUCUGCCUUCAUGGGUCUAAUAAUAUUAGGUGGAAUAAGUGGACUCUUUUACACUCAGCUAAUGGGUAUUUUCACUGACACUACAAGUAUAGAAAAAAUGUCAAACUGUUGUGACGACAUAUCAAGGCCCCGAAAACCGUGGCAGCAGACCUUCUCAGAAGUUUUUGGCACUCACUGGAAGAUCCUGUGGUUUAUUCCUUUCAGGCAGAGGCAACCACUGCGAGUUCCCUACCACUUUGCCAGUCAUGUCUAA